UUUUUUUUCAGCAAUACAAAUGCAAUAUUCGAAAAUCGAACUUAUACUGCUGAACAGCCAGUACCUGAAGUCGGAUUUCUCAUAAUGAGCAAUAUAUCCAAAGAUGACGAAGGUUUGUAUUGGUGCCGCCAUGCAGUUUCUGGUGUCGCUGGUGAGCUAUUCUCGUUGAAAGUCGCUUAUGUGGACGAGAUACCAUCCGACAGAUAUAUAAAAGUUGUGCCAGAACAUCCACUUCUCGGUGAACAAGUAAUGCUGGUGUGUCCGUUGCCGAACGCAGUACCACAACCGUCCAUCAACUGGCUUUUGAAUGGUGAGCCAGUAGCACACACAUCAAUGGACGCUCAGACGUAUCCGAAUGGGACGUUGUUUAUUCGGCAUUUUUCGACUAUUCAUAAUGGUGUCUAUGAGUGUGUCGUAUGGAAUUUCGCUGCUCGAACUUCAAGCCGAGUUGUGAUCGAUUCGAAACAGACUGCCAAUCGAAACGAGUGUUAUCAGAUGAAAAUCUUUAUGAUCAUGAUUUCACCAACGCUCUCUCAAUACACCCCAACCGCACGAUGUUCAUUGUUGUUCCGUAGCAGUGUGUUAUGGUUUCUUGUGAGGAACAUCUUCCUAAUUACAGGUUUUCCUAAAACUCGCUCAUGGUAG